AUGGCCUCGUGUUCCUCCUAUUCUUCGUCCCGCGCCGCCGCUGCCCACCUCGUGCGCCUCCUGCUCGUCGCGCUUCUUCUUGCCGCCGGCUGGGCCAGGGCCACCGCGGCGAAGAACGACACGCAGAGGUUCCGGCCCGGCGACGAGCUCCGGCGGUACAGGAGGGUGCAGGCGCUGCUCAAGAGGCUCAACAAGCCGGCGCUCCGGACCAUCCAGGCACUGACCUUGCUUGCUCGGUUGUCGGCGUGUGUGUCUGCACUGCAGAGCCCCGACGGCGACCUCAUCGACUGCGUGGCGGCGCACCUGCAGCCGGCCUUCGACCACCCAAGGCUGCGCGGGCAGAGGCCACUGGCGGACCCGCCGGCGAGGCCCAAGGGGCACCACCACAGCCGCCGCCCCAGUAAUGACACCACCGCGGAUGCCGGCGUCCAGCUGUGGGCGGCCUCCGGGGAAGCGUGCCCGGAGGGGUCCGUGCCCAUCAGGCGGGUCACGGAGGCGGACGUGCUCCGCGCCAGCUCCGUCAGGCGGUUCGGCAGGGCGCCCGCAAGCAGGGUGCGGCGCGACUCCGUCUCCGGCGGACACGAGCACGCGGUGGGGUACGUGGCCGGCGACGAGUACUACGGCGCCAAGGCGAGCAUCAACGUGUGGGCGCCGCAGGUGAGCACGGCGUCGGAGUUCAGCCUGUCGCAGAUCUGGGUCAUCGCGGGAUCCUUCGGCAACGACCUCAACACCAUCGAGGCAGGGUGGCAGGUCAGCCCGCAGCUGUACGGGGACAACGCGCCAAGGUUCUUCACCUACUGGACGACGGACGCGUACCAGACCACCGGGUGCUACAACCUCCUCUGCUCCGGCUUCAUCCAGACCAACAGCCGCAUCGCCAUGGGCGCCGCCAUCUCGCCCACCUCCGCCUACAACGCCGGCCAGUUCGACAUCAGCCUGCUCGUCUGGAAGGACCCGAACCACGGCAACUGGUGGCUGGAGUUCGGCUCCGGCGAGCUGGUGGGGUACUGGCCGUCGCUGCUGUUCAGCCACCUGGCGUCGCACGCGAGCAUGGUGCAGUUCGGCGGCGAGGUGGUGAACACGCGCGCGUCGGGGUCCCACACGGCCACGCAGAUGGGCAGCGGCCACUUCGCCGGGGAAGGCUUCGGCCGGGCCUCCUACUUCCGCAACCUGGAGGUGGUGGACUGGGACAACAGCCUCGUCCCGCUCGCCGCCGGCUUCCACGUCACCGCCGACCACCCCAGCUGCUACGACAUCCAGGGCGGCGUCAACGCCGUCUGGGGAAACUACUUCUACUACGGCGGGCCGGGCAGGAACGUCAGGUGCACGUAG